AUGAAGAAAACGCUUUCGGCUGCGUUGAUAUUGCUGCUACUACAAAUUGUGGCAGCUGUAAAAAUAGGCGUUUCAAGAGUAAACUUGGAAACCACCAGCAGUACGUCUACAACUACGUCCACACAACGGCCAUCUGAGACUUUUACUGAGUCUGCAAUAACAACGGCUGUCGCAACAGCAACCACUUCGGAAGAUAGCACUUUAGUGUCCGAUAGCACCGAAAUAGAUAUUGAGAGUUCGACUACAGCAACCACAACAACUACAAAAGCCAAACCAACUACGAUAAAGCCCAACUUCACCAUCGCCAUAUUUCCACCACGUCUAAAGCCAACGAAAGCACCAAAAAUUACAACAACUACUACAACAACAUCUACAACACCAUCAACCACUGUGAGUACUGCGGUCCCCAAUGCAACCCUAAAUACGAUUGCUCCAGAGGGUAGCCACUUAACUAAGACAGCUUCAAAUGACAACUCAUACUACUGCGAUUGUGAUUUGUUGUUGGACGCUUGCGAUUUAAAUUGUUGCUGUGAUAGAGACUGUACACCGGAAGCGCUACAAGUCUUCAAUUGUAAUGCUGCCCCAAAGCAUCCGCAGUUGAAAAAUCGCUUGAAGGACUUUCAAUAUGAGCAUGGACUGCCAUCGUGUAAAGUGAAUGAUGGGUGGUUGUGUGUGUUUCGGACGAAUACGCGACAGGAGCGACAGAAGGCGCCCGCUAUUGACUUGAAUACAAAUCACUACUACAAAUGGCCAACGCCUGUUUGGGACUUUGCUUAUGAACAAGAUUCUAAUGAUGAAAAUAUUGACCACUAUAAAUACGGAGAACCACUCCAAUUUCUAAAUAUGAAAACCAUGUUGCUCAAACAAUUCGAUCUUCCACAUACCUUUAAACCGCCACACUGUCAAAUAAAGGAGCCUGUCAAAUUUUUAAAGUCAUACAAAACCAACUGUUUACUAGACACAAUUGAAGAAUUGAAAUUAAACGCAAGAAAUCUACUAACUUUUAUACAAACCAACAAAUUACUGUUAAAACCAUUAAAGCAAGCCAACGAACUGGAAAAUUUGGCGCAUAUUUUAAGUGACUUCACCAUCAAUAUUUGUCAAAAACAACGAUGUGUGAUUGUGCCACUAAAGAACAGCACCGCUUUGGAGCUGCACCUCAACCAGCAUUUCUAUGCCACAGAAAUCAAAUUCAAGCUGCUACACAACUACACACAACUCUUUGGCGGCUUGCUCGAGUUGAGCGACAAGCACGAGUCGCACAACAACACAGAAUUAUGGCAAAAAUACCAGGUGGAAUAUAUUUACAAAAACAUAACGGUAAAUGAUGUAAGCAAAGAACUAAAUAAAACAUCCGACAACAACGAAAAUGCACCCAAACUCAGCUCUGGCCCAUUGGGCUACCUACAAGGCAAACCCAUAAUUAUAGCACGUUUUAUAGCAAACAAUCAAAGUGAAGUGUUAUCGCCCACAAAUCAAGUAUUGGAUUAUUUUCACAUUAAUAGAACAAAAUCGCAGGCAAAUCACACAUUUUCGUUAUUCACCACACGCCAGCAAUUUUGCGCGCGCGACUCUAAAACUGCAAAUCUCAUAAAUUAUGGCAUCAGCACUUGGAAGCAAUGUAAGCUGCGCUUCAGCAACGAGAGCUUGGUGAAAUUACCACAAAGUGAACGUAACUUCACUAAUAUUUGCAUUCAAUUACAAACGGAAAUCGUCGCACAGUUCUUUAGUGCUAAUAUUUUCCAGUUUGGUCAGAAAUUUCCCGAUCUCUACAUCUCUCAGCUGGGGCGACCGGAAAAUCGUAGCGAUAAAUGGACGCUACUACAACUGCGCAAUCACGAUUUCGCACCCAUAAGCGGUGAAUUUAAUGCGCAUGCGCAAAGUUUCAGUUGCCGCAAUAUGCUGCUCAAUAUUGCCUACGAGUUCCUAGUGGGUCAUUUCACCGAGGCGGGUAUACGGCAACAGGCGUUGGUAAAGCAAGCAACACUCGUCUUUGGCGAACGUAAUGACUUGGAAUUCGAAAUGGAUGAGGCGAUCGAGGUGCCGCUGAUGGUAUCGGUGAUGUUCUUCGAUUAUUCCAAAGAUGCGUCUAACACGGGGCUUUUGAGAAACGAUGUCGAUGUGAAGUGGCAUAUUAUACUAUUGAGCCUAGUGGGCUUAUACAGAUACUCAUACAAGUACUUUAAAUGAUUAUUUACUUAUUGUUAGGUAUUAGUUUGUAGUGGUCUGAGUACUUUUGUAGUAUUUCA